AUGGCGAACCCGUACAGCCAGGCGCACACGUCUUAUAUUCGCGGGCUGUACCGCCGCAUGCUCAAGAACGAACUCGACUGGGUCAUUCGCUGGGACCUCUGGAGGCCUCGUGCACUCGCCAUUCGCGCUCAGUUCGAGCAGAACCGCAACGUACGGGACCCGCGUGCGCUGGCGAAGAUCCUGGAGAAGGCAGAGGCGGAGUUGAAGGCGAAGAAGCACCUUGACCCGGUCAUCCCUUCAACCGCACCGGGUGGCACCAAGUGGGAACGCAACCUUCCUCCACCACGCGGUCACACACUCCCGCUCGAAGUCCCGUCAUGGCUCUAG